UUCAAACAUUUCAGCACCUUUGCCGGCAACGGAAGAAGCUCAACAAACAACACAAGCCAACCCCAAGGGAACGAAGAUAACGCGGCCUAUUGGCGACUUGUUUAUUGUUGUUUGCUUAUAUUGUAGACUCGUGCAUGCUUAUAUACAUAUGUGAACGAAAGUGAAUAACCAAACUAGUAAAAACGUAUGUGUUCAUACAUACAUAUGUGUAUGUGUAUGGGUGACACUUGAUGGUAUGAAAAGAAAAAUUAUGAAAAUAUUCUUUGCGGGCAGCACAAGUUAGUAGUCAGUUGGGUUUAGUCAGUGUAACGGUUAUAGUGUCAAAUAAAGUGUAAAGGCUGUGAAAAGCAUUAGUGAAGAUUUACUUUUGAUUAUUGUAUGUAUGUAUAUGUGUGAGUAACUGCUAUACUUAGGAAUUUUGGUAAGCUUCAAACGAAGUUUGAGUGAAAAUUAACUAAGCUUACAUAACAAAGUGCCAAGUGACAAUAAUUUUUGGUGGCGCCAGUGUGGUUAACGGUAGUUUACGGCGUUUAGUGUAUUCACUAUAUAUUUUAGUAGUUUUUAACGGUUUCUUGUGCCAUAAAUCGUAAAAUAAAAGUGCGUGAUUUAAUUACAUGUCUUAAUUAAGUGUAUUGGCUUUCUAAAUUUAUUUUAAAAAUUAAAAAAAAAAAUCCAAGUCUACCGUUUCAUAAAUCCACCUUACUCUCGUGUUCGUGUUUAUUGAUCGUUUAUCUUUGCAACUUUUACGAAAACAAACAACAACACCACCUAUACCACACUAAUCACAAGCAGCAGCAGCAAGCAACAACAACAAUAACUACAAACGCCGCGACAAUGAAGCAUCUAAUUGGAUUAUUACUAAAUUUGGCUGCCAUAACAGCUACCGUGCUGGGCAGUCGCCAUGAUAUGCUUUCGCUUAGUCCUUCCGAUUACGAGCUGGUGCGCUACACAAACGAUUCACUGUUGGUACAAUGCCGCAGCACGACAACGGAGUCGCAGCUGGUGUGGCGCUCGCCAAAAGGCGAAAUAAUUAAGGAGCACAAAGGACGCAUACACAUCGAGCAAAGUGCGCCAGAUCAACUGACAAUUGUUUUCACACACAUUUCGCUGGGCGACAAGGGCAAGUGGCGCUGCGAAGAUGCCAACGGUGAUAGAGCGGAAAAAUAUUUCGAGCUCAUUGUCUAUCAAAAAAUCGCUUUCACCGAGAACUUCACCAUUCUCACCGUGAAGGAGGGCAAGGAUGCGUUCAUACGUUGCGAGGUGAAGGGCGAACCGCAACCAAAUGUCACUUGGUAUUACAACGGACAGCCAAUUAUUGUUGAAUCAUUUACGGGCAACACAACGAAAUUCCAAAUACUGGCUGACGGAUUACAGGUCCGCAAGGUAACGCAGAACGACACCGGCGAGUAUACGUGCCGCGCCUACCAAGUGAACACAAUCGCAUCGGACAUGCAGGAGCGCACCAUUUUGAUGAAAAUCGAACAUAAACCAAUCUGGCGAUACAGCCAACACAUACCGGUGCAGUAUGUCUACCCGAACGGAAGUGUGACCAUAGCGUGCGAGGCAAUCGCUGAGCCGCCAGCCAAUUUCACCUGGUACAAGAAUGGCAACAAGAAACGUUUGCAUAACGACAAACACCACGCCAUCGAGAAGGAUUACUAUGCAUCCACGUUGACGAUUCAUGCGCGCAACGAUGACGUAUUCGACACGUACCGCUGCCUGGCCGAAAAUCAGUUAGGCGCCAUCGAACGCAACACCGUACUGAAGCGUGGCGUGAAGCCACCACCACCCAGCGUACUACAAUUGCGUGGCUUCAAUUCGAACACAUUCGAUGUGGAUGUUGGUUCGGUGCGAGUCUCGCCGGCACGCACCGCUCCGUCAACAACGGAACAAUUGAUGGAGGUGAACGGUUUUCGUAUUGAAUAUAUGACUGAGUAUGAAUUCAAGUCGGAUGGCGGCAAAUGGACAAAUGCUAAACGGAGGGACUUUCCGUUCGAAGAUGGCGCAACUUUCCUCAUCAACAAUCUGGAAGCCAAUACCACCUACUUGAUGCGUGCCGCCACCAAAAACUUAGCCGGUCUCAGCGAUUAUACGAAAGUCGAAAAAUUCCACACACUCUCCAAUGAGCCGAAAUCCGCGUCCGCGCGUCUCGAGCACUUGACUGCCACACAGUUGUUGUGCAUAUCACUGGUGGCGUUGUUGUUGUGUAAGGAAUUAUCUUUCGGCUUUCAACCUGUGAGCAGUAUAACGAAGUUGCAACGCGCUGCCGGUGUGCGUUGGUGAAGCAAAUGUGGCGCCAUUAAUUAUAGAGCAGUGAGGAUCUACGCCAGCAGCAGCAGCGACAGCUUUCUUCUGGGUGAAAGCUUGGUAGGAAAGUAAGGUAUGGGUUUCAAGUUAUAUAUACACAUGACAAUAGUAUUAUGUGUAAAAUGUUCGUUUAGAAUUAAGGGUUAAAGGCUACGAAGAGUUUAUAUUUUACUUAGUUGAAAUACACACACCAAAUAAUGGAAAUAUACAAAACGGAAAUAUUUUAAUUAAAUUAAUAAAAAAUAUAUAUACGCUGACGUUUACAUAAAAAAAUGUUGAUGCUUAUGAAAAAAACAUAAUAACUGUAUAUUUACAUAAACAUUCCAUUUGCAUGGCAUAAGCAUUAAUAUACGAUAAUAAAUGGCGAAAUAUUUGGACUCCGUGUUUAGCUGUUAAUCGAUAUGAAAGGAAAUCGCUUGCAGUACUUUAUAUAUACUAUAACAUAAAUUUUAUAUUAUAUACUCUUAUAAAUAAAACAAAAUUUAUGUGUACAUUGCCGCUGACAUUAAUUAUAUAAUUAUAAUUAAAUAUAUGCGCGAAUUUCGUAGCGAUAAUAGUCCUGCUGAAAUCUCUCGCAGACUCACAAGUAUCAGUUUUCUUUUUAAAAAUCAUUGGAAAUAUUUUUUGCUUAGUUUAGUUUAAAAUUAUUUUUUUCUAAAUAUUGGAUUUUCUUUUGCGUUUUUUGAUUAUAAUUUUUUUUUUACAUCUUACUUUAUAUUUGACAUUUCAUUAACAAUCCUUAAUCAUGUUUGCGAGUUUAUUAAAGUGACUUUUUAUACAAUUAAUUUUUAUGUAAAAAAUAUUUAAAAAAAUUUUCUCUACUUUGCUCUAUUUUAACUACGUGUCUUCUUUUUUUGUAAAAAUCUGGGAUAUUUUCUCAUUUUGGUAUUUAAGACCAUCCAAAAAAAAAAAAAAUAAAUCCCAAAGUGUCAAAACGUCAAUAUAAGUUUUAUACCUAAGAAUAUCAGUUGAUUUAAUCAUGUAUUAUAUAUAUUUCAAAUUUUUUAUAACUUUAAAAUUUUUUAAAAAUAAUUUUUAUUAGUACAAUAUAUAUUUUUUAACAUACAUAUACUAUUAGAAAUAGCCACAAAACGUUUAUUUGGUGUGACUUUCAUAUUCCACAAACGAUACCGUCUUGCAAACGAACACUCAUUUAUGUACAUAUACCUAAGCAUAGCUCUUUAUUAAUAAAAAACAACAGUUUCCCUUAAUGAAUUGGAAUUCAUUUCUAAUUUCUACUGUUAUUUUAAGUGAAAAUUAAUACUUUUUAUGAUGAUGUGAGUUUGAAGAGCU